CCCCUCCGCUCUCGCCGGUGCCAGGUAGGGCUCGGCUCCGGCGGGACGCGGGGCCGGGGCUGCGGGGCUCUCUGCGGGGCAGCUCUCCUUCUCCACACACGCGGCACCUUCCCGGCUGGACGCUCCCCAGGGAGCUGGGUGGGGGUUUAGCCUGGAUUAAAGGAGGACAGGGGGACCUCAUCGCUCUCUACGGCCACCUGGAAGGAUGUUGUAGACAGGCUCCUGCUCUGCAGCACCAUGCUGGACCCCAAGCCUCACUCUGCAAGCCAGAGGUGAAUCCAGGUGAAAGCCAGCUACCACAGUAGGUGUCAGGAUGACCAAAGCGCGGCUCCUCCGUCUGUCUGUGGUGCUGGUCUCCAUCUUCAUGAUCCUCCUGAUUAUUGUGUACUGGGACAACGUGGGGACGGCUCACUUCUACCUGCACACAUCCUUCUCCAGACCCCGCUCCCCGGGAGCCAUCGCCGCGGGUGAGGACUGGGAAGCCUUGCCAGAUGUCGAUGAAUUUUUGGCAAAGCUGCUCAGUUCGAGCCUGAAACAGAACAGCUCUAUCCCCCGAAAGACAGAGCAGCUCCUCGUCCAGGGCUCCAACAAGCCUGUGCUAAGUAACUUGGAGGAGAACGUGCGCGGCUAUGACUGGUCUACACACAAGGACAGGAACAGCUUGGACCAAGAGAAGCUGCAGGUGGAGAGGCAGAGAACGUUGCGGGAGUUUUGUGCCAAUUCCAGCUUCACCUUCCCCACCAAGGAGCGCUCCUUCGAUGACAUUCCAAACUACGAGCUCAACCACCUGAUCGUGGAUGACCGCCACGGCGUCAUCUACUGCUACGUGCCCAAGGUGGCCUGCACCAACUGGAAACGCGUGAUGAUCGUGCUAAGUGAGAGCCUGCUGGACCAGGGCGUUCCCUACCGGAACCCCCUGGAUAUCCCCCGGGAGCACGUCCACAACACCAGCACCCACCUGACGUUCAACAAAUUCUGGCGCCGCUACGGGAAGUUCUCCCGGCACCUGAUGAAGAUCAAGCUGAAGAAGUACACCAAGUUCCUCUUUGUACGAGACCCCUUCGUCCGCCUCAUCUCCGCCUUUCGCAGCAAGUUUGAGCUGGAGAACGAGGACUUCUACCGGCGUUUCGCCAUCCCCAUGCUAAAGCUGUACUCCAACCACACCAACCUUCCCACCUCCGUUAGCGAGGCCUUCGGGGCAGGCCUCAAAGUCUCCUUUUCUGACUUCAUCCAGUACUUACUGGACCCCAGGACAGAGAAGAUGGCCCCCUUCAAUGAGCACUGGAGGCAGGUUUACCGUCUGUGCCACCCGUGCCAGAUUGACUAUGAUUUCAUCGGGAAGCUGGAGACGCUGGAUGAGGAUGCUGCUUAUUUAUUGCAGCUCCUCAAAGUGGACAGGCUGCUUCGCUUCCCACCCAGCUACAGGAACAGGACUGCCAGCAGCUGGGAAGAUAACUGGUUUGCCAAAAUCCCACUGGCUUGGAGGCAGCAGCUCUACAAGCUUUACGAAGCAGAUUUUGUACUCUUUGGCUACCCCAAGCCAGAAAACUUGCUUAAAGACUGAACGUGAUUGGGCAGUGGGUGUGGGAGGGAACAUCUGAAAUACCAAAAAUGUUUAAAUCCUCCUCAUUUUUGCUCUUAACUCCCUUCCUGAUGCAAGUUGGUACAAUGAAAUAUAUUUUUUCUACUGCUUCCCCUUCCAUUUUUGCAAUAAUGCCAGAGUCCAGGGUAUUCCAGCCAGCUGUGCAUAUGCAAAAAAUGCCAUUUUUGGGGGGUUGUCAUUUGUUUUCUGUUUUUUAAAAUGUCCCCAUACUUUGCAAUGGGUUGCUGCCCUUGGUCACUCUGCCAAUCAUGUCCUUCAGUAGCUUUUUAUUAAUACUUUUUAAAAAUUAAUAUAUUUAAGAUAUUUAAAACAAAGCGUGUUUCUUGGCAAAGGAGGGGAAGGAAUUAAAAAAAAAAAAAAAGUAAAAGAGAACCUGAAGAAAUGAUGUACCUGCCUCUGUGUGUUGUCUCAGGGCUGCUGUUUCGGAGGUCCAAGGUUUGCAGUUGGAUCUCCCUGGGGGCUGGGAUGUUGAUGGUGCCAGGUCUGCUUUGGUCACUCCAAGGCAGUGGGAUGGGUGAGUGCCUGGCUCUGCCAAACAGGCCUGGAAGGACUCUGUGACUCACACUGCUCACAGGUGUGGAGUGUGACACCAGAGUCACAGGAAGGAAAUGGCACUGGGGGCAGUGACAAGUCCUGUGGGGUGUUUUGGGGUGUGCAGGUGGCCAGCACAGCACCUCUGCACUGCCUGACCUUUUGGCCAAGCACUGUGGGACUCUGCUGUCCACAAAGCUGAGGUUCAGCCCCUGUACCUUGCUAGUGUGGAGCAUUCCCGUGACUUGUCCCAUUCCAGGAGGGUGCUGAAGUUCUUAGGGGUUGUGGCCAGUCAGGGUGGGCAGAGCGUGCUCGUGGAUGGGCGAGCUGGCCAGGCCCUGGUGGUGUGCUGCUCCACGUCCUGGUCACUGCUGCAUGCACUGCAGGUCCCUUGAGAACUGUGCUGUGUCUUCAUCAUCCCUGUGCACUCUUUAAGGGAAAGUGGCAGGGAUGCAGAUGCUUAUCUCUGAGAGAAGAGAAUCCAAAAGGUUUCCUUUAAUAAGCAGAUGUCAAGGUGAACUCAAAGGUUUUCUGUUUUCAGCAUUCCAGCUAAUGCUCGUGACACCACAUCCUCAUCCGCUGCCUUUCUGCUUAUUCCAAAUGGCUGAUGCAGAUUUGAUCAUCUGCCUUGCUGGGACCUGCUGCAGGAGUGAUGGUUCCCACUGUGCUGGGAGCAUGUGGGCUGCUUCCCAAAGGAAAUUAAGUCUUUAGAGAUUUUUUGUGUCUCAUCAGCUGAAUCCACUUCUCUUUCUCUCUCUGAAUUGCUCUGCAAAAACUGUUUGCUUAGCAAAUUAGGCAGGCAGCUCUUUCAGAGCUGAAAUGUUUAAUUAUUUCCCUGGACUUUGGAUGGUAUUGGUGAUUAAGGUCCAGGGUCAGGC